AUGGCAUCUCAAACGCAAGGUAUACAGCAGCUUCUAGCGGCAGAAAAACGGGCUGCAGAAAAGAUCAAUGAAGCGAGGAAACGCAAAGCUCAACGUCUGAAACAAGCAAAACAAGAAGCACAAGCUGAGAUUGAGAAAUAUAGAAUGGAACGAGAACGUCAGUUCAAGGAAUAUGAGCAUAAAUAUCUUGGGAAAAAGGAAGAUAUAGAAAUGAAAAUCAAACAAGAUACUGAGGAUAACAUUAAGCAGAUGGAAGAUUCUGUCGCAAAGAACAAGCAACAGGUCAUUGUACGUUUACUACAGUUGGUCUGUGAUAUUCGACCGGAACUUCAUGUGAAUCUUCAAAUCCAGAAGAAACUUCAUGGAACCCAUCUUUAG